UUAGAGCGUCAACUAGUUACAAUACGCCACACCAGUCAUUAGAAUUGAUACGGAAAUGGCACACACAGACUUAAGUACAUCCCGGACUUCCUCACCGGAUCAGGAGCAAUCCAUGACACAUCCCCUCAAGCUUAUGAGUGGCAUCUAUCCAAAUUCUUCGGUGGUUCCAAGACAUGCACAGUCGACUAGCAUGGCAUUGGAACAGUACCGACUACAACUCUAUAACUUACUUUCGCCGAGACACAUGGAACGAUUGCGGACGCCGCAAUAUACUGCCACAGGAGCCUCAGCGAUUGGAGUUCCCCCGUGGAUGCAUUUGAAUCCACAUUUGAACCCAUACAGUCCACAUAACCCAGGCACAAAUGUUAAUGCCAACCGGAUGGCGGCGUUGUCGACAAUCUCUUUGUUUCCACAAUCGCAGCGCAUCUUCCAGCCUGAGGAGCCAAAGCCGCAGCAUAGCUAUAUUGGCCUAAUUGCAAUGGCUAUUCUCAGUUCAAGCGAGAUGAAACUGGUGCUCUCCGACAUUUACCAGUAUAUUCUAGAUAACUAUCCAUAUUUUCGGAGCCGAGGACCUGGCUGGCGCAACUCUAUAAGGCACAACCUGUCCUUAAAUGAUUGCUUCAUCAAGUCGGGUCGUAGUGCCAAUGGGAAGGGACAUUAUUGGGCUAUACACCCCGCCAAUAUUGAUGACUUUCGUAAGGGUGAUUUUCGACGGCGUAAAGCCCAACGAAAGGUAAGAAAGCAUAUGGGUCUUUCUGUAGACGACGCCACUACUGACUCGCCAAGUCCACCGCCACUAGACCUAAGUACACCGCCGCCGCCAACACCCUCGCAAGCUUCUUUGCAGCUUGCUGCUUUAAGCUAUCCCUAUCAUCAGCACCAGCAUUACAUCGGACAGUUUUUUGGACGUAAUAUUAGUUUGCCGCCCUACCGCCAGUAUUCCGAUGUGCAUCAUGAACGACAGCGAGCUAACCUUCCUCGUUCAGAACCAGUGAUGGCUAACCCGCAGAACUUGGAGUCAGAAGGCCAACAAGCACAGCAGCAGGACCUGGAGCAAGCUCACCACCAUAUUGCUUACAUCAACUCAACGACGACGACGACAAUCGCUAACCUGUACUCCCAAACUCGAAAACGACAAUUCGAUGUAGCUUCCUUGCUGGCCCCCGACGUACAGCUUGAUAUAGUUUCUGCGAAUCGAGUAGAAUCUCCCGGCACGGCUACAGCGACAGCCACACGGACCACUACUCAAACGCAGCACACUGUUAUCACCAAAGUCCAAGUUCAGAAACAGCAGACCAUUCAUCACGAAGUCCUGGUCGGCCUUGAGCAACCAGUAGUUAAUAUGGAUGGUGCUGAUCCAGAUAUAGAUGACGAUGUUGACGUGGAUGUGGUGGAUAAUGCCAGCGACUGUGAAGCAAAGGAUCCAACCGACGCUGAUUCAGUAAGAAAAACUCCACAUAAAGUUCGUAGAAUCCAACAAAUAUUCUCGUCUGAUGACAAUAACUCGUACCUAAGUGAUGCCAGACGAUCUUCACUCGAUGUCGAUCCAGAGGACAAUCACGGCCCGCGACUCUUUCCAGUUUCCGUAUCGCCUGUACUUGCUGACUCUGCAGCGCGAUCCUUAGCCAGCAGCUGUAGCCCUCAUGAUUCCAAUUCCUUUGAAGAGAGCCCAAUCGAUGUUGCUGCCAGCACAGAAUCCGUACCAGUCUUACCGAAUACGACACACCCACUGGCAACAUCACCGAAAGGAUAUGUCGAGCUGAACCAUGUUGAUCCCCACAUACUGAGCAGAUAUUACGGCACCUAUAUGGCAGCUGCGGCCAGGCGCGCAAGUCUUGAGGCGUCUCGUUCCAAGUCGAGUUCUAUUACCCCGCCACCUCCAAUUGAAUUCGUUGCGCAUAAAUCUUAAUUAUAAUCGUACGUGCUAGUCUAAUACAUGAACCCACCCUGAUACAUAUACGAAAUAACUAAAA